AUGGAUCUCCGAAAGAAGAAGAGGAAGGUGCUUUUAAUGGGCAAGAGUGGCUCUGGGAAGUCAUCAAUGCGAUCUAUCAUAUUCAGCAACUACGUUGCAAAGGAUGUGCGACGGUUAGGUGCAACAAUUGAUGUGGAACACAGCCAUGUGAAAUUUAUGGGAAACCUGACGCUUAAUUUAUGGGACUGUGGAGGGCAAGAUGCGUUCAUGGAGACUUAUCUCGGCGGCCAGCGAAGCAACAUCUUCUCCGACGUUGCCGUCCUUAUAUACGUGUUCGACAUUGAGUCUCGUGAAGUCGAGCGCGAUCUUGAUACAUACAAUUCCAUCAUCGAGGCGUUACACCAGAACAGUCCCAGCGCCCACGUGUUUUGUCUAAUCCACAAACUCGACUUGAUUCAAGCCGAACACCGACAGCGGAUAUACGAAGAACGGUCGUCCCUCAUUCGCCAUCGCUCCAAGCACUUCGAUAUAGAUACCUUUGGAAGCAGUAUUUGGGACCAAUCCCUCUACAAGGCCUGGGCGGGCAUAGUACACAAACUAAUACCAAACCUCUACGUCAUCGAGCGCUUCCUCAGCGCGUUUGCAACCAAGAUUGACGCGGAGGAAGUGAUCCUCUUUGAGCGCUCGACAUUCCUGACUGUCACUUCAUAUGCAUCGGAAGUGGGCAGCUUAAAUCCCAUCUACGACCGCCAUGAGCGUCUGUCCAAUAUAAUGAAAGCAUUCAAACACUGUGCUGCGCGCAACACGCACACCACACCGGCCUCCGCGGGAUUUUUGGUCAUGCACACCAAAACGCCGCAAUUCAACGUCUUCCUGGGCCGAUUCACUGAUAACACGUAUAUCUUCGUCGUCGUCCCACCGGGCGAAGCAUCAUACAACUGCGCCAUUCUUAACACAAUGCUUGCCCGCGAAGGAUUCGCGAAAGCUGCUGCUGCAGGUCACGGUGGUGAUGGGUUCCCUUUACCAGUCUCAACGUCGUCAAACACAGCCAAGGGAGUACUGAAUAAUGGAUCAGCACACCAUCCGGACCCUAUGCGUAGCGAAUGA